AUGGAGACGUGGACACAAACUUCGUUACAGGACGUUUGUUGAUGGAGACUUCUUGACUUUUAAGUAAAAAGCUUUAAAGUUAUGUUAAUUCAGCCAGAGCGUGACCCACAGUAAUGUUAACAUCCUCCCGUGUCCCACAUCAUGAUUAGCGCCGCAUGGAUUGAUAGCGUCGUUAGCCCCCACUUAGUGCCAACCAAAGGGUGGACAGUGGAGUAUCAAUUAAACCGCCUAUCACAGCCUGAGUGUUAAUUAAUGAACUAUCUCGUGCCGGCAUUUCCCCAAUCAGUAUCCGUGUAAAACUCGCUGUUCGGUGGGUUUGCGGUGCUGCUAACACAGCUAGCAGAGCCUCAAGCAGAUAUAACAUAUAUGAUGCUACAGAUGAACAUGCUAACGGCAGACGGUAACACAUAAUCGUCGGUUUAUAUGUAAAACGGUAACCGUCAGAUGUGUUUGUUCCGCUCCGCCGUUUCACCGCCUAACAGCUCGGGGCGUAAUUAGGCGUGUUUUAAUAAUUAAAACUUUAAGAGAAAACAGUCACCUUAGUUAAGCUUCCUCUCCUCCAGUGGGGCAUGAGGCUUCACAUCUGAAGCGUCUCUGGUUUGUGGGACUAACUUUGGUAAAUCCACAGGCGGUAAACAUCUGCGGUUAGCCCCUCCUCAUCCUCAUCUUCGUCAGUCCUACGGGAGGGCCCCGGUACCGCCUACCGACAAACCGAGGGGAACACGGCGUCACCCGCAGAAAAAAAUGACUAUUUAUACCGAGAAGGCUACGUCACCUUUUUUAACGAAGGCAGUGAUAAAAAUGCUGAUUCCAUUUGUCACGGCGCGGUAAAAAUCAGGCAAGCGGCAGUAGUUUAACGCGUGGAUGGACGUUUGAACAGUGAUGAUGUCACACAGGUGGGCUGCUAUUCGUGGCAACGGUUGAUAUGCAAUAACAGACCUGUGUCUGUUUAUAUUUUGUGCGUCACAACUUGUUUAUUUUACUUUGAUUGGAUAAAAUUUAUUCCAGUCUUGUUAUUUAUUUCUUGUAAAAGCUGCUGCUUUAUUGAUACCCAAACUUCCCACUCAUAUUGUUUUAUCAUAUCUAGUGGCCUUAUAUGGGCUACUUCUCCUUGACAUUGAGUUCAUAUGCUUUAUGUUUUAUACUUUCAUCUUAACCCUAGAACACUGUCACUAAAAUUAGUAAUAACAUCACUAUCGCCAGGUGAUUUUUACCUGAAAUAAUAUACGAAGAAAAGUACUAGUCAUCAAAACACAUUAAAAUAGAGUAAUACAUGACAAAUUUAAGUAGUUUUCUUUUAUUUUGAACUGUGCAAUGUCUAAAGGGACAAAAAAAGUGCCAUGAGGCUACCAUACAAAAAUGCAGCAAAAAAAAAAAAAAAAAGAAAAGAAAAAGAAAUUAGGCAUUCAUGAACAAAAAAUUCAAAUGUAAACUUAGUUUCUUUUCUACCCAUUCCUGGGGCAUGUGAGUCUUCCCUGGUGAAGACUUAGGGUUCUUGGCGCAAUUACAGCUGCAGGAGAGAGAAGCAAAAUAUGGCAUAUUAUGGGAUAUUUUGAGUGAGUAAAAAUGACCAGCUGACAAAAAUAUUUCUCAUUACCAUAUGAAUUCCCUUAAAAAUCACUACUUUGUGAUAGUUAUUUAUAACCACUGUGCUAAAUAAAGAUAGCAUGCAAAUUCCAGGAUCACUCUUACUGACCUUAUUCGCCUACAUGCAGCUAUCAAAUCCACCCAAACCUACUUACCCUCUAUCACUAUUGCUAGGUGAAAAUCACCCAAACACGUGCCUGUAGGAAAAACAGGUUUUCAAUCAGGGAAACAAAUAUGCCUUCAAAGAUGUUCGAGGCAAUGUUGAAGCUAGCCAGGGACCCAUGAUACUUAGACGAACGCAACAUAAUGAAAAUCCCGUAAACAUGUUUGGUCGGGUGUUCUAAGGUUAAAUAUCUAUUUUGGUAUUUGGUCAGACUACAUUCUAUUAACCAUCUCUGCAGUCACUGUCCCUAAUACAGAGCUACUUCAGUGUUUAUUGUAGGCCCCACAAAGACAGCAUAGCCACUGUAAACAACAGUUAAAGCUAGCUUUGGUUAAUCAGUGACCAUCCACAACAUCGCACUCUCUAUAUUUGUGUUUGGUCUCAAACAACAGCAGCAACAGUUCUGCUUUACCAUGGCUCUACAAACACAUGCUCUCUGAUAAGAAACAUUGUGGUGAGUGGGUUUGAACUGUGGUGGUGCUUAAAAGUAUGCCAAUGAGUGGAGUCAGAAGUGGGUGAAAACAGUUAAGACAGCUUUCACGGCUGCAUCAAACUGUAUGAAAGAGGACGUAAUUAAUAUGAAGGGUUCAUUGUGGAAAACAAUCUCAUAUCCUAUGUGUUUGUGAAGAAAAAAACUGUUCAUUGUCAUCACAUUCUGUUUAACUUGAGAUCUGCUGCCAUCUACUGUUUAUUCUUUGACCUACUCCAUCCAUGUACUUUUAUGGUUAUGGUUUGAUCAUCAGUGCUUCUUGCAGUAAAGAGGUAGUACCCAGUAGCCUACCUGGUAUGAUAUGGAAAGCUGAUUUUGAGUAUGGAUUAACCUAUAUUUGGUACUCCAUGCUAAGGUUGCCAUCAAAGAAGAUAUGGGUUUGCAGCUGCUUGUAAACCUACUGCAUCCUGAGUCCCUAUAAAUCACAUCAACAUACAAGGCUUAUUUUGGAAAUAAAUUCCUCAAUCCUAAAUUUGGUGACAAUGUCAAGAGAAAAGAGUGUCUUAGAAAUUCUUAAAACAAUCCCAGAGUCAUUCUCCAUUUCAGCACCAUGGACAGAGAGAGCUAAUCAGCACAGGAACAAAGAGGGAAACACCCACGCUGAUGAGGGCCUGAACUCUCCCUUAUGAGGGGACAGUGGAUUCGUCAGGCCUUUGGUUAAGAGGCGCGUCAAGAGAGUAAAGUAGCCAAUAUGCUGAAGGAGGAACAUCAACGCUCAUUACUGGCCUAGUGUCAAGUCAGUUAUAUUGAAUGCUAGGACUUCCUGUCUUUCAUUUCAAUAUUAAUGUAGUGCAUUUUAAACCAAUGUAGGGGAGAUGAUGCACUUGGUUGAAUCAAUGGCUUUUUUCACUUGUUGGUAGGGCUGGGCGAUAUGGGAAAAGGUUUAUCAUGACAUAUCUUUUUCAUAUCAGUCAAUAUCGACAUGUAUCAUGAUAUAAAAAAAUCACUUGUCAAUCUUAAAUGUUCCCUGUUACUCUUACAUGAAAUUUAACAUGUUCUCGACUCUGCUCUAACCUCAAGAAACCAAAAUAUCUCCACACCACCAAUGUUUUCGCACCAGUGUUGUUGCAGCCAGCUACUACGCAGUUGUUUUUCAUUGGCUAUCCAUGUAGUCGACCAAAACAUGGCAGAAUGCCGGCUAUCAAAAAGGAUACUGACCACAUCGAUAUUGAGGGAAAUUGAUUAUCGAUAUUUAUCAUUAUUGUUUUAUCACCCAGUCCUACUUGUUGGGGAAACAAAGAAAAACUUACUCGACAGAAUACAACUCCUAUGUAUAUAAAAGGCAUAACUGUAAGUUAAGCCAAUGUUUUCUCUGGAAAAGUAGGCUACCAUGAAUAUUAACUAUACAAUAAAAACAACCUUAAAACAGAAACUCAUACACCUUGUGAGCAUGGUUAAUUUUAAAGGCUAUAAAAUGAGUUUUAAAAAUGUAUAAAAGAAAUUUGAGUUGAUUAAAAAGAUAAAGAUAAUGUUCUCAUUAGAUUAGCUACAUGUUUUAUUCGUUUAGGUCGGUCAGGGAACAAAAAGCUGUAGUAGUUUUCCUUUAGUUUUACUUUGGUAAGAGUUUUAUCUUCCUUUUGUGGAAAAUGACAAAACCCUGAAUCAUCUAUAAGAAUAAUUGGUCAUAUAUAAAUGAUUUGUUGGCAAUAUCUCUAUAUCCCACAGCCCAACGCACAUUUAACUUACUAAUAGUCCACAACAGAAGAAUUUCUUGCAUUUAGACACUCAAAGUUAUUAAAAGCUUACAGACCCUUGAGUUUCACGGUUUCUCUUCUGUGGUAAUGAUCAUUGCUGCAGCUGCAUUUGUCAACAAUCAAUCAAUCAAAUCUUACUUAUAUAGCGCCAAUUCACAACAGUCGUCAUCCCAAGACGCUUUCCAAAGAAAAAGAGCAGGUCUAGACCACGCUCAAUGUUUGAUGAAUUAUCAAGACCCAACCUAAGAUGGGAUUUGGCCCAUCUCAUCUAAAACGAGUGACAGUGGCAAGGAAGAACUUCCUUUCAACAGGCAGAAACCUUGGGUAAGACCAGACUCAUGCUAGACAGCCUUCAGGCCGCUGCUGGGCUGGGAAGGAAUACAGAGAGAUAAACCCACAUCACCUCACCAGUUGAAUCAGCUAUAAGAUUCAUUGGUCGUAUAUAGAUGAUGUGUUUGCAAUAUCUCAAUAUCGUAUGAAUCUGAGGAUAUAUGUGACUUUUAUUCUGAAAGUGUUUGUCAGUGCGCUUCCGGUUCUCAUCUAGUUAAGUGCCGCUGACUCGACCGAGCUCAUAACAGACCACCAGGCGCACCGGCAGCCCCCGUCUCUGCUGACUCAGUGCCUUACCAGCAGUCCCUUCACCCCGAGAAACAGCACCCAGCUACCGACGCACUCUCCUCCGGACAACCCACCCCGACACCACCGUGCAGACAUGGCCAAGACCGCUAUCGGUGAGUUUUUCACUUUGUAUAUACAUAUAUUUUCGUCAAUCCAGCCAUGGUUUCUCUGCUUUUGAGGAUGCUGAGAGGCUGAGGCGACACCCAUGGCACAAAAGGAUGCUGAGGGUGGUGAGAGGGAGCGGCCAAACUCCUCUGCAAGUCACUUUAGUGAGAUUAAGUUGCGUGAGUUGAUGCAACAUUUCGAGAUUUUCCGUGUGUUUUUGCACGAGGUGAAAGCGCAUUUGUGUAUUUUUUGACUGAUCUUGGAGCCUCAUUAGUACCGAUCAAAAAGACCCCGAUUGGGAUUCAAUUUGGCUUUUCAGUGAUGGAUGAUUUGAGGCAUUUUAGAGCAAGAUGAUCAUUCAGUUGGUUGUGAAAAAGGUGGAAAUGUUUGGGUUUUGUUACUAUUUGCCAAAACGCAGCAGUACGUUUGUUUGGACGAUGUCUGCAUGCCGCACCUGCCCCCUUAUUGCCUGACUCAGAGCCGUGCAGCAUAAUGCAGCGCCAGCGACCCCACCCAACAUCUCCGGUCCCUUCAAAGCGAGCCAGCUACUCUCUCUCUCUCCUUCUCUCUCUCUUUCUCUCUGCUCCUCUGUUUCUCUCUUUCUUUCUGUAGGGUGUGAAAAAUUUCACCAUGACAAAUCUCCUUAUGAAAACUGGGCCAUCCUGUGUGUUGCUGUGGUUUUAAAGCCUGCUCUUCCAAAUUUUGUGCUGUGACCGCUGAAGGCAUGAAUGGGAGUGAGACUAGGGAAAAGAAAAAUGCAUCAUUUUGCAGACAUGGGGAGGAUUUACAACUGGCUGUGAAAAUGGAAGAUCAGACUCCAAUUCUAUUAGAAAGGUUACAGGCUGUAUAUGUGGGUCAGUAUGAUGCCAGAACUGCAAAAUCCGUCUGCGCUGGUUGAAAUAUGGAGAGAAACCAUUUAAGAGGGGAUGUUAUGGCAGGUUGCAUGCCUUCAUACAUUCAUAAUAUCACAUAUUUGAGUGGAUUUGAUUAUUUGAGCAUUAUUUUGGGCAUCUGGGCCAACUUGACCUGCAGGCUUAAUCAAUAUACUUUUAUGUAACAUCAAAGAAAGGGUGUAGGCUUCGAGGUGUGUGCACACAUGCCGAUAAGUCUUGUGAGGGUGUGUGCGAGUCCAGUCGGGGAGAUAAUAUUUGUUUUCUGCUCAACUACACAUUUGAUGGAUGGAGAGCCGUGCAGACAGACAGCAGUAAGGUGUCUAGCGUCUGCACUGAGGGACACAUAGCUACUAAACCCUGACUGUUAUAUUUAUUCCCCUCUUCCUCCUCCUCCCUUUCCUCCUCCUCUUCUCCUCCUUGAUGUGAGCUGUGGACAGGGAGAACGGCACAGGCAGGGAGCAGACACUCAGGAGGGAGUGAGCAGUCGGCCUGUCAGCACACUGCAGGUUCAUUGAGUUCAUGUCGGCUUUUAAUAUUUUAGAGUCCCACGUGGAGUUUAAUUCUAAAGUUUUAUGGAUCAAUAAAUAUUUACUGCUGUAUGUUGGUAUAAUAAUCCUUGCAUAUAUUCACUUGGAGUACUCCUGUGUGUGCUGGGCCUUUAAGCCCUCUUCCUGAUCCUUAUCAUGCACCCGUGUCACAUCCAACAAGGUGUGGUCACUCAGCCUGCUCCCUAAAAUCAAUUCCUUUGUGUACAGAAACACAAGCCCUCUCAGGAAAUUAGCAUACAACCCAUCUGCAAGAAUGACAAAUGGAUGCAUAUUUUUCAACUUAUCAUACGCAUCACUACUUUGGUAACAGUCUGCAUCAUGUGCGUAACGCUCACAGCCCUCCUGGCCUCAUUAUUCAUCCUGAUUUAUCACCCACUCCCAUCGAUCAAUGCAGCACACUCCCAUUCCUGGUUCAGAUGACCGCUGCUCUUAAAGGAAGAGGUGACAUCAAUCCGCUGGUGAUGCUGCAGCAUCAGCUUGUGAUCUGCUCAUCACUUUUUUUUUAUAUAACUAAUGACAGCUCAUUCUGGUUUGGCUGUAGAUUCUGGGCCGUUUAAACACUUUCUCAAACAAAUUUGGCAGGGACCGAUUUUUUUUAUACCUCACUUUGCAGCGGAUGGAACAAAAUCGCUGCAAUGACAGUAACAUUUUCUUAAAAUAGCAAUUUCUAUUGUUAUUUUGAUAAAAAAAGAAAGUAUUUUAAGUCAUUUUCCAUCAAAAACAUCUUGCUGGAUGUGACUUUUGAUUGCUUUUAUAUCACGAUAACUAAAUAUCUAUCUAUUACAAUAAACAUAUCAUCUUAAGCCAUUUCAUUUCAUUUAUCCACCUGUAGAUGUACCUAAUGAUCAAAUUUGACCUUCUUUUACAACCCCAGACAUAGAUCUUCUUAGACAGACCCUGGGUACAGUUCAGGGUGUUGCCACCAGCCCAUCUCUUCUCCAUUAAAUGACUGAACCUGCCCUUGAUCAUCUGGGCGCUGUAAUGUUUCCUUUAAUAGCCAAUUCUGCUGUUGCCAGGUGGCCGUGCUGUUAAGUGCCAGUAUGCACCAAACACAGAUGCCAAGCCAAUACUGCUACUCUGUUAUGGCACCCAAAGGGGCAAGAAACACUACAAAACACUGGGCAGCUUGCUCAUAGCCUUGUAAACAGUAUUUCUCAUAUGUUACAAUGCCCCAGCUCUUUGGUUAAGGUCUUGCGGUUGAGUGCGGGCCUUUAAGAGAGAAGGAGAAAGUCGACAAGAAGGAAGACAUAAAGGAAGUAGAGUAGGAAACAGAGGUGUGGUGCAGUGUGCAGAUGCAGAAUUUAAGAUCCCAGGAGACGCAGAGAGAGUGGGAGAAAAAUAGAGAAAGAGAGCAGAAUAGAGGAAAUGGGUUUGAGAGGGGAGAGAGCAUCAGGGACGGAUGAAACCAGGAGUCAUGGAUGCAUGAGGUUCAGGAAGAGGGGGUGGGGAGGGGGGCCUUACAGGGGUUGUACAGUAGUUAUUGAUGACCUGUGCUUUCUGGCUGAUGGAUUGAAAGAGGAAGGAAGUGCAGUUUGCUGGCGUGUGUCUGUGGUCAAGACAAGAGGAGCAGAGCUGACUGGUUGAAACCAGCCUGCAAGGGUAAAGAGGGAGGAGUGGAAGCAUUAAAGCGGUGUUGUCGAUGUCUGAUCAUUUCGUCUCGUCUCAGUUUGAUGGAAGCACCUGAACCUCACAAAGAGUCUUUGAACUGACGCUAGUGUUGGGACACAUCCUGCUGUGGAAAUUCAAUCAGGCCCAUUUGUCUUUUUUAUGCAGCCGAUCCGCUGGGAAUGAGCUUAUUACUACAGCGGUUAGAGAAGGAGAGGAUUGGUCUUCUCAGGAGAAAUACAGCAGCAAUUUUAUAUUUUUGCACGGUUGAGAAUCUCAUAUAUUUUUGAUUAAGGAUAUAAAAGAAAAUCUCCAUGGCUCUAAGUUAGAGAGCGGUUUCAAUUUACAAGGAGUGCUUAUCUUCCAAGAUAGUGAGGACUAACUCCAGUAGAGCAGAUACAGUAAAAAUCGAGCUUAAUCUUUCAUAUAUAAUUGAACAAAGUAGAUCUAAACUUUGGAUUAAUCAUCAGAGUGUCUAGAUCUUUUCAAGAUAUUUUAAAUGAAAGUUUUUUUUCCCAGUUCUCUUUCCAAAAAGACAAAAGGAAACAAGAACACUUUGAUUGUUUCACACAAAAGCCCCGCCUAAAGCCCAACAACCACCGAACCAACAUCUCUGCUGAUCUGCUCCAUAAGCGCAUAAACCAAAUUAGCUGCUCCACAGGAUUGUUAACUGUUCACAUCUUCAGCUGUCAAGUGGGGCUGUGAGUGGGAGAAAAUGGCUGCUUGGGUCUUGACAUGUACACAGCGCUUAAUGAGUCUGUGACAACCCACCAAACACUCGGUCCCCCCCACUCAUCAGGGGAAAUGGUGCAGUCCGCUAAUUACAAAUUAAAGCAGUGUCCACCUGGGGCGGCUGCUUCCAUUAGGCAGAUCCUGGGGGCAGUUUAUGGUGGCUGUGGGCCCCACAGGGAGCUGCCUUCUUUGGCUGGAUCUUAAUCCUUUCUGUCUGUAAAUACCAGAAAGGUGGCUCCAUCUUUUUCUCCAAACUCACCAUUUUCCACCUUUUUUUUUUUUUUUUACCAAACCCAUCCUUAAUCUUCAUCCAGCCUCUCUCUUCUUCUUCCAGUUUUAUUCACACCCUCUCCCACUUCCUCCUCAGGGAAGGGGUUAACAAGGCCAUCAGAGAGUAGUGAGCGCUACAUCUGAGAGUUGAUCACAUUACCACGGCGUCUGCCAGUCUGCAGGGCAGACACAGAGAGAGAGAAAGAAAAGACGAGUGAAGGGAAAAUGAGUACGGGGGAGGAUUUGGAUUAAUCAUACUGUACUCUGAACCCCAGCUCAGAGAGAGAAGCUCCUCUACACUAAAUCUCAUUUCUGGCUUUGCCACUGUAGCCCGCUGCAAAUCAUGAAUCAACGUGGCACAUUUCAGCCCCACAGGCAUGUGAUCGAGGUGAUGGAUUGUGCUGUAAUAUGACAGCCGCCAUGCAAAUCUUCACUCAGAGGCAAUGCACCUUUUCAGUACAGAGCACUCAGGGCACAAGCAGAAUAAUUCACUACCUGCAGUGAGUUGCAGAUAUUUUUGCCGUUCUCCCUGCAGGGACUGCUGCUGAACUCUGGGCUCGUAUUACAAAGUAGCAGGUGCCAAAAACACAGGAAUAUUUAAAAAAACAAGGUUAGACAAGGUUGGUUGUUCUUUUCUUUGCUGUUUUUUUUUUUUCACUGUCUGCCUUUUGCAGGCUUUGUCCAAUGCAGGUUGUGAGUUAGUGUUGUUUAUUUUCUGGAUGAUGUAAAAGGAAAGUAACUUUACUGUGUUGUGCGUAAGCUAAACCUUGGCUGCUAGUUUCUUUCCACAAACUAGAAACAACAAAGAGAAGAAAUAAACCGGAGAUUAUCCAAAAAUCUGCCAUUAAUCCUGACGUCUUUGCUUUCUAAAAUUCUCUAAAAAGCAGAACAAAUCUUGUUUGUUUUCUGGUGUUAACCAGAGAACCACAGAGAGGAAAAGAUGGGCGUUGGCCUGGCAACGUUAAUAAAUAAUAGACCAAAAUGAAAUGCAUAGCUAAUGAUGUGUGGAGAAUCCUGCAGGGACAGCAGCAUCUCGGCUGUUGGGAAAAUUAGGCCAAGCAAGGAUGUAUCCAUCCUGCUCCCCUGUCUGUGAAAACAAAGGCUGCAGAGUGGCUCAGAAACACAAAGCGAAGCACUGCCUUUGAUGGAUUCAUUGCGGGGGAUCAGAUGAAGAAUUACUAAUAAAGGAGUGGGUUCAAGAUGUUGAAUCAUUUGUGUGUUAGUAGGUUAAUAACAUGUUUUCUGUAAGCACGUGUGAGUGCUCAGUUUAUGAAGCCUUGGUUUCUUUUCACAGCUUACAAAGAGAAGAUGAAGGAGAUCUCAGUUCUCUCCCUCAUCUGCUCCUGUCUCUACCCUGAGAGCCGUAAGAACAUCAUGGGGGACUUUGAAGGUAAUCACAUAUUUAAUUAUUUAUUUAUUUUCUACCUAAUCAAAUUAGCUUCAUGCAGCAAAGGCUUUUAUAUACGUCUGUCUUUCUUGUAAAUGUACAUGCAGACCUGGACAUCAAGCCCAUUAACAAGCGAGCCUCGGGCCAGGCCUUUGAGGUGAUCCUGAAGCCGACCUCACCCGUGUCCGAUGGCGGCCAUUGCGUCACCAGCCCCCCGAAGAGGGACCUCUCCCUGGAGGACAUCCAGAAGAAACUGGAGGCAGCUGAGGACCGGAGGAGAGUAAGGAUGCUUCCAAUCACUGUCAAAACACACAGCUGCCAUGAAUCACUUUGCUUAAAUUAAAGGCAGGAGCCAAAGGUAGCUUAAUGUGUACUCCCUUCUACACAACAUCAGUAAUAUAGUGAUAGUUCUUUACCGUAAUAUUUGUGUAAUUUGAUUUCUGGUUGUCAAGUUAAUUGUACAUCACUACAAGGCAGCAAAUUGUGGGUAAAAAUCCACUCUGACACUGGCCAAAGCCUGCAACUCAUUGAUUUGAGUGUCGGUAAAGUCAGUGUGAGACAGCUGACAAAUCCAGAAGCCCACCAACCAAUCAAUCCCAAAAUCAAUGAUUGAGUUUGUCUGAAUUUUUACUUACUAUAUGUCCAACACUGUCAGUUAAAGAAACAAAGAAUUUAAUGAAUUUUAGAAAAUAUAAGGACACGAUGAAGAUGUCAAGAGGUGAAAUCCUUGGACAUUUUUGUGUUUAUCAUUAGUGUAUUGAUCUGAUUAAUUGCAGCUUCGCUGACUCGUGCUUAAUUUCCAAGAAAAUCAAUGACUGGUUUUUCGUAAAUCAGUGUCUCACUAUCGACCCCCGCUUCCUGACUCAUUUUCUCUGCUGCUGGUCUCCUCCUUCUUUUGUGCAGUCCCAGGAGGCACAGGUGCUCCAGGUCCUGGCUGAGAAACGGGAGCAUGAGCGUGAUGUCCUGCUGAGGGCCAUGGAGGAGAACAGCAACUUCAGCCGCAUGGCCGAGGAGAAGCUCCAGCUGAAGAUGGAGCAAAAUGAGGAGAACCGGCUGGCUUACCUGGCAGCCAUGAUGGAGCGCCUGCAGGAGAGGGUGAGAAGCCAGGAAUUUAGCCAUGCUGAAGUCAUAAACCCAUGAAAAAAAUUUAGUUUGACUUUGAACCUUUUGUUUAUUCUGUUGUCUGUGUAAAACAGCGUAAUAAUGCAGAAUAGUAGAUAAUGUCCAAAUACGGUUUUCCAAGCCUCCUCCAAACUGCAGGUUAUUUAAAAAUUCUGGCCAAACCAUAUUUAUAUUAAAUUUCUUUGUUGGUAGACUAAAUCCUGAAAUGAUAAGCAACAGUUUUUUUUACAACACUAAUGUAAAAUGUUGUAAAAUGUACUUUCAAGUCUUUCCUAACACUUCGUUAUGACUAAUUUGAUUAAACAUGUUAUAGACCAAGACAUGCAUAGAGAUUAUCUGGCCUCUGAUGUGCUGCCAUCUCUGCUGACCACAACGCACAUUUGAUUUACUAAUAAUAGUCCACAACAGAACAUUUCUUGCAUGUACAUAUUUUGACUUCCCAACAAGAGGACACGACUAAGCAGGGGCGGAGUCACAGAAUCCUACAAAGUCACUUAUAACUCUCUAAGUCCUUGUGAUACAAAAUCGAAACUAACAUACAAAACCGCAGACAUUUGAAGGAUUUUAUAAAAUUCCCCAGACAAAGCCGGACAGCCCCCCCAAAGAGAGGACAUAUCUGGGUGAAAGAGGAUGUAUGGUCACCCUUCAUUGCUCAUUGCUGCAGCUGCAUUUGUCAACAGAGCUGUCAGUUAUAAACCCACAUCACCUCGCCAAUGUUUUGGCUUCACUUUUAGAGAUCUGUUGCGUCAUCUGUUUUAUCAUACAGUCUCUGGCCCUUACUUUUAAACCUUGACAUUUCUGCAGCAUUUAAAGCUUCAAUUUUACUCAUCCCCAAGUGUAAUGCUUUGUAAUUUGCUGUGCAAAAGUAUGACUUGUGAAAUUCAACUUCAAAUUCUUUCUAUUCAUAUAAAACUGUAUUUUAAGGCCACAUGAGUCAGCAUUUCUUUAGUUACCAUGCCAACAUAGACUGAUGGGCUGAUUCAGUCGGCUACAAAACACUCACUGCAUGCACCUCGAGAUGUAAUAACUUUGUACAGCUAUAAAAGCUACAAAAGAGUACGCUUUUAUGGUGCAACUGACUUAGAUUAAUAAUCUGUUAAGUCUACCAGUUAAAUACUUUUCUUCUAAGGUAAAGCAGUGCUGCUGUGACAAGAAAAAAAGACAGAAUAAGGUUUAUGCAGGAUUGAAAAAAGACUGACAAUGGCUGGUACACCUGCUGAACCUCUGUGAAAAGAGAGUGUAGAAAAGGUUGACAGAGGUACGAUCUUGUGCUUAGAGGGUAGAAGAUAAAGAAAAAUGUGAGUGGGAGGGAGAAGGGCUGGAAGCAGAGAAGAAAAAUUAAGUGGGCUGUCAUGGCAAAGGUCAAAUAAGACAAAUGUUCGAGGCAGCGAGAAACAAAUGUCGUGAAAGCGCUGGCAGCAGAGCGAAAAAAACCAUCAUCAAUCUGUGUUUGUGUUUUCCUCAGGAGAAGCACGCGCAGGAAGUGCGCAGGAACAAGGAGUUGAGAGAAGAAGUGACAGCGUGAGAAGCCCCAACAGGUCUCACAUCCCACCCCCAAACCCCGCCCACCAGCCCACCGCCACCUCCCGACCCUGAGGGACACCCCUCCUACCCACCUUGUCCAACAUAUCCCCACCUCUCCACCCCUUCGCCAUACUCCCCCAUACUACUAUGAAACCACCACCGCCUGAGAUGCCAUCCCAAGACAGUGGGAGGUUCAAAAAGGGACUGGGGGUGGGAAAAAAAAGCAAAAAUAAUUUUAAAAAAAGAAAAGAAAAAUUAAUGUCUCCCACCCACUCUUCCAAAAGAGAAUGUUUUUGCUCCGUUUCAAAUGACAAGAAAAGAAAAAAUCAAAUUGACAAGCGAUAGUGGGUAUUGGUUUUUGUAAAUACUUCUUUUUUUGUUAUAUACAGUAUGAUACAAGCAGCAAAAGUAUUGAUUGCAGUGUGCCAUUUUUCUAUAUAAGUUCCUUCUCCUUGCAUAUACAUGGAUGUAAUGAUUUGUUCAUUUUCAUGUUUUCUAUCGGUUCGUUUAUUUCAGCCUGAUGAUCGUGUCAGGUGUAGGUGUUUGUUGUGAGUUUGCCAGCUAGCUGAUGUUUGCCGUGAUCAACUGCACCCCUCACAAGGCCUGCAUCCUGGCUCAGUUCCCUAAAAUCCUUUCAAGUGGGCACUCUCUCGUUUGACCCCGCAGAUCUGGACACAAAAACCGGGUCUGUGUUCGGUCGGAGUGAUUUUCCAUCCCCUUUUUUUUGCCAAUGUUCCAAUUAGCCUGGAACCUGUGCGGAAAAAUUGGCAGAGGGAAAGAGGACGGUUCGCUUCCUGUGAGGACUGCAGGCCAUCGCUGCGCAUCCAAAUCCUCUGAGGUAGAUGAGGAGAACACUAUAGCAUUUAAUGAGCCCAUUCUUCCUCCAUCUUCCCUCUGUUAGCAACCUCUUAUCUCUCCACAUACAUACUAUACAAGCACUCUCUCACAUGCUCUCCACAUGGGCAGGCAUUUAGCCAAUCAUAGCACAGAGCUCGGUUUGGCGCUCGCUAAAUUCUGUCCAUCUGGCACCGGAAAAAGCUCACAGAACAACUCUAACCAAUGGCGGGGCCUCUCUCUAAAACAAGCUUCCAAUCACAUUUCAGCCACAUCUUACUGUAAUAAAACCACAACUGGGAAUGCAUAAAUACUUCACUCAAAUCAGACAUGUUACUGUGAAUCUAUUAGGGAGAAAACAAAUCCAUCCAUCUUGCUCUGUUUCAAAGAGGCUAGAGUAGUGCUCAACAUCAUCAGCGCCUACUGGAAUCAUCAUAUUUCACUCCACUGUAAACGCAGCUGCAAGGUCAGCACAAGACAGAUAUUGAAGCCAUAACAGGUAUCGCUGCAACAAUGAUCUAUCAGAACAUUAUUGCCAUUUGUAAAGGUGUAUAUGAGUGAAUUAAAGUAUCUGAAUAGGUUGUAACCAGGGGCGAAGAAGGCUGAGGUUGAACCCUGUUGGUGACACACAUGCACAGAGUAGGCCCGUAGAUGUGUGUGAGUGUGUGUGUGUCUGCAUUUUAGAAAGGGGAUGUUUGGUCUAUGUUGUACUGGCCCGGUGAAGUGUAAAUCAUUACAGUGUGUAACAGCUGUCACAAGUUCAUCACAGACAGUGACUGUCAUACAUGCCUCUCUCUCUCUUUCCUCUGUCCAUCUGUGUGUUUUCCCCUCUCCACGUGUAUCUUUGUGAGCAAGCAGUGGUCAAUAAAGAUUUGGGGUUCAGUGAAUGAAAACAGCUUCAGCAGCGUGAC